AUUGUCCAUUGGCAUUGUGAAUCAAUGCAAAAUUCACUCUCUGUUUUUCCAAAUUCCCUUUCCAUUACUUGAUUUUUCUGCAUAUAUCUCUCUCUCAAAAAAAAUUCAAAAUGAAUGAUCUGAUGACAAAAUCUUUCACAAGCUAUGUUGAUCUGAAGAAAGCCGCCAUGAAAGAUGUUGAAGUUGGUCCAGAUUUGGAAAUGGGUAUGACCCAAAUGGACCAAAAUCUCACUGCUUUCUUAGAAGAAGCAGAAAAGGUGAAAUUGGAAAUGAAUUCAAUCAAGGAAAUUCUUCGUCGUUUACAAGACACUAAUGAAGAAAGCAAGUCCCUACACAAACCUGAAGCUCUGAAAUCGAUGCGUAAUCGCAUAAAUUCAGAUGUUGUAGCUGUAUUGAAGAAGGCUAGAGCUAUUAGAUCUCAGCUGGAAGAGAUGGACCGGUCCAACGCGAUUAACAGACGGCUUUCUGGGUGUAAAGAAGGGACGCCUAUCGAUAGGACUCGAUCUGCUGUGACUAAUGGGCUUAGGAAGAAGCUAAAGGAGCUUAUGAUGGAUUUUCAGGGGCUGAGGCAGAGGAUGAUGACUGAGUAUAAGGAGACUGUUGAAAGAAGAUACUUCACUGUGACUGGUGAACACCCAGAUGAAGAAGUCAUUGACAAGAUCAUUUCUAGUGGAAAUGGUCAAGGUGGUGAAGAAUUUCUUUCUAGAGCAAUUCAGGAGCAUGGGAGGGGGAAGGUGUUGGAAACAGUGGUGGAGAUACAGGACCGUCACGACGCUGCGAAGGAGAUAGAAAGGAGCUUACUUGAGCUGCACCAGAUAUUCUUGGACAUGGCAGUGAUGGUUGAGGCACAAGGAGAGAAAAUGGAUGAUAUUGAGCACCAUGUGGUGAAUGCAGCACAGUAUGUUAAUGAUGGAGCCAAGAACCUCAAGACUGCAAAAAAAUACCAGAAGAACAGCAGGAAAUGGAUGUUCAUUGCAAUUAUAAUUCUCCUAAUUCUGAUCCUGCUAGUCAUCAUCCCCAUUGCUACCAGUUUCGCUUAAUCUUGAAGUGCCCAUUCUUUAUAUUCUUUUUAGCAGUUGAGAGAUGGUUGUUUAUUCUAUAUUUUUCACUAGUCCUGUUGAUAGGACAUAAAGUGAGUAUUGAACCUUAAAUCUCCA